CGAUCGCUUGUUCAUAUAGUCAGAAGUAAUCAACAUGAAUUGUCUAAAGAUCUGCGGAUUUGUUUUUGCUUUGAUUGCGGCUCUGGCAAGUGCGAAUGCUGCCACGCAAGUGAUUCACUCUGGUGGACAUACGCUCAUUCAAACGGACAAUGGUCAAUACAUACGCAAACACUAAACUGCAACUACAACUUCAAUAAAUUAACAAACAAACAAUGAAAAACUAA